UCGGGAUGGGGCGGGGCAAGGCGAGGCGGCUCCCGCUGGGGCCUAGCUUACAGCCGCACCAGGACUAUGUCGUGGGCGCUGAGCCGCCUGCGCGCCGCUCGGUCCUUAGCAGCUGUUUCUGCGCGUUGUGCAACGCCCGAAGGCGCGGCGCCCCGGGGGUUUAGCGCUUGGCCGGCGCCGCAGGAGCCCGGCAUGGAGUACCAGGAUGCUGUGCGCAUGCUCAACACCUUACAGACCAAUGCCAGCUACCUGGAACAGGUGAAGCGCCAACGGAGCGACCCUCAGGCACAACUGGAAGCCAUGGAGAUGUACCUGGCACGGAGUGGGCUGCAGGUGGAGGACUUGAACCGGCUAAACAUUAUCCAUGUCACAGGAACCAAAGGAAAGGGCUCCACCUGUGCCUUCACUGAACGCAUCCUGCGGAAUUAUGGCCUGAAGACAGGAUUCUUUAGGUACUAAGCCUAGGGGUGUGUCUCUUAGCUCUGUGGGGGACUGUGGAACUAAGGUCCCCAGAAGGUUGCCACUUACCAUAUUGACAUAUUUGAUAAAUGUGUGUAAGCAACUUCCUUGCAAUCAUGGUUUACUGAUACAAACUAAAGCAGCUGCAUCACUAAGUGAUAUAACCCACAGGACCAUUUCAUGCCCAUCACUGAUGAAAAGUUUGUUAAACAGUAUGUGACUAUAUAAAGCAACUAUCUGGUGGGUUUUGUUUGUUUGUUUUGGUCUUUUGGGGACAGGAUCUUCCUGUAGCCCCAGCUGGCCUAGAACUCAGUUUGUAGACCAGGCUGGUCUUGAACUUUCGGAAAAUCACCUGCCUCUGCUCCCAAGUGCUGGGAUUAAAGGCGUACACCACCACUCCUGGCAACUGUCUGUCUUGUAGAAUUUUUGGGGAGCAAAGUAUGGUGGCACAUGCCUAUAAUCCCAGCACUUGGGAGGUAGAGGCAGGAAGAGCAGGAGUUCAGGGUCAUC